AUGACCGAUCAAAUUAAAUUCAUAGUGAAAGAAUUGAAUACAAACCUAGGAAGGAACUACGACCUGAUAAAAUUCGACGCUUUAGAUGAAAAGCAACUUCUGCAGGUGCUUGUGGACCUGCUCGUUAAUUUCAACGCUGGUGAAAAGCUCAAUAUUCGAGAAGAUGAUCCCGAAACGGUUACGUUACAGCUGCUAGAAAUGCUGGGAAGCGUAAAAUACCGCCCUCCACCCGGAGUUGAACCAACGCUCUUUAGGUCGCAGCUGCUCGCUGGAGAUUCCAGAACCAUCCAUCAUGUUUUACAUUGGCUUUUGUCUAAUAAAGAACAAGUGAAAAACACUGCAUAUCUCGCCAAGUAUCUGAAAAUCCCAGAUAUUCCAGCCGAUGUGAUCCGAAAUAACACAAUUCAAGAUUUGUUGGAUUUGUAUCAAAAUUUAAUAGACGAAUUCAAAGAUGUCCACAAAAGGACAAGAAUUUUGCAGAAGGAAAAUGCUUCAGAAAUCAUAAAUGACAUCAAAGAGAUGGCCGUCGAAAGGGAUAUAGUGAUAAAGAGAUUGGAAAAUGUCCAAAUCCACUUGGUUGACGUUAGAGAUAAGGAAGAUUUAUUGAAUUCAAGCAAACUCUUGCGAAUACAACAGGAAAGGGAAAAGGAACUGGAGAGUCAAUACAAUAUGCAACAGUCCCAGCUGAAAACAGCCUCCGAGCAACUGAAACGUUAUUUGAAUGUUAUUCACGGCCAAAGCGCCACGCCCAAGACGGUUUCAGAUGUUAUUAAACAUUUACAAGAGGAAAUCCAGCUGAACAGUUAUCUGAUGAAAGAAAAACUACCGCAAGAGAUGGGCAGCCUACAGAAAGAGUUGAAUAUUAUGCAAGCGAUUGCUUCGGAGCAACAUCCGGCUCGAUCUGAUGUUAUCACGGUACAGGAUAAGAUAGCAGCUGUUAACAGUGAAAUCGAACAGCUCGUUCAGCGCCGAUUGGCAGCUUCGGACCCUCAGGAGGACAAGCUUGCUCCGUUUCGCCAACAAGCGACUGUUAUACGACGCAACAAGGAGGCAAGCGCCGCCCGCGUUCAUGAGCUGACAGCCACCUUGAAGGAACAUGAGGCUACACUGGCGGACCUACGUUCCCAGGUGAAGCAACUUCUCGGUGACAUUGUGCUUAGAGGAGAAGAGUUGAAAAAGUAUGUGAAUACUUUACGAACUAAAAGUACUCUUUAUAAACGGCAAAGAGCUAACCUUUCAACAUUUAAGGUGGAAACCGGUGUACUAACAAGAACACUACAUAUUUUAAACACCAAUGACCCUACAAUCGAAAUGGCACUAGUGAAUCAUAAAAAAAUGAAAAUUGAUGACGACGAUAUUGUCGAAAGAGCUCAAGACAAAAAUGCGGACUUUGCUAAAAAAUCAUUGCAUGAUUUAUCUCAGCUUGUGGCUCAAACAGCACAAAAACUAUCGCAAGUUCGUCAAGAAAUUCAGCCUUUGGCAGACAAAGUAAAACCUAUCAAACAGGAGUUCCAAGAAGUACAACAGCAAUAUGAACAAAAAAAGAGAGUGUACGAAGCAACAUCCAUUAAUAUAUCGUCACAAAUGGAACCAUUGAAAAAUCAAGUCAAUGAUUUGACCGACCAGUUAAAUAAUAAAGAGGAUGAGUGGAAAAACUUGAGACAAAAAAUUACAAAGGCGGAGAGUUUGCAAGAAGUUGUUAUGUUCGAGAUGAAAAACUCUAUGCAAUCACCGAGAAAGCCAUCAAAAAUGGAAGAAUUGAAGAAAAGGGUCGCCGAUGUAGAGGAGAUUGUAAAGAAUUUGGAAGAGGAGCAGCGGACGAUUAGUUCUCGGCAAGGAGCUGUGGAAGAACAGACGCGGCUGUGGCAAAAUAUGUUGCAACUGUUGCGUUGUAAGCUGAAGACACGGGACGAGCCAGCAGCUAGGCAGGGUCGGAUGCACAUCACGCAGCAAACGCAAAUGUUGACUUUAACCUAGGAUUAUUUUAUCAAUAUCAUGCGAAUCUUGGAGGCCUUUUCGAGUAUCUAGAAUCUAGAAUUUAAAUAUGCUUAGUGUUUUUUUUUGUUUUAAAUUAAGGUUAAUUAAUAUAUAUACGUCAGCGGACGAGGUAAGUCAUAAAAGCUCUACUACUCUUAAUGUGUCCCUUAAUUUGAGCCUUAAUGCAACGACGAUAGGUUCGAUUUUACUCUGACAUUACAGCGUUCCGAUACUCGAAAAUGACUGUUCGAUUGCAAGUCCGAAUAUAUGCCUAAACUUCAUUAUACACUUGAGACUUAACUAGGUAUCACAUAAUAUGAGUAGGGGAGUAGUUAUGAAUGUAAUGAACAUAUUAUUAUGUUUUAAUUUUACUUACUUUAUAUUAAAAAAAAUUUAACCGUG